AUGGUGGCUUUACCCUUGCCUCUUCGUCCUGCCCUAUUGUUCCUAGUCCUGAUGAGUGUGACACUGACGACAUCUGCAUUUCCCCAGCCUCAACUCCGACCUCUGCAAAGUAACUUGCCUGCUAUUGGUCAAGAGGACUCCAAAGGUGAACAAUGGGAAAUUCUGUACCCCUCCAUCUCACUCCGUGAUUGGAGCAUUCAGAUGCUGACCGCCCCAGAUUUUGGUGCAGCUAAGGCUGGGACAGAACAGCUGGUGGGGGGUGAUUGGCUUCCCCUCAGCCAGUCACAGAUGGAGGAGGAGCUGGUGAAGGGCUGGCCGGGCAACUGGCCUUCACGGGUGGGUCACCAGCAGAAGAGAAACAUAGUGGUGGCAGAUGACGCUGCAUUUAGAGAGAAGAGUAAGCUUCUGACAGCAAUGGAAAGACAGAAAUGGCUCAAUUCCUAUAUGCAGAAACUCUUAGUAGUUAAUUCUAAGUAAUUCGAAUGUUUAUGUAAUUGUAUAUAUAUAAAAUAUGUUGAAAAAUAUUACAUUUCAUGUGGGAGAAAAACACAUUUGAUCAUCACAGACAAUGUAACCAAGUUAAAGGGUUAGUUCAACCAAAAAUAAAAAUUCUGUUAUUUAUACUCAUGCAUUUUAAUCCCAAAUGAUUUUCUUUUCUGCCUGGUACACAAAAAGUG